UGCUUAUUUAUAAAACUGAAAAAGUAAAAGUUUGAUAUAAAUUCAUAAUGGGAAGAAAACGAAAUGUAUUCAUACGUGAUUUUUAUAUUAUUGAAGGCUCUAAUGGAGAAUGUAAACUUUGUAAAAAAAAACGAGUGCACUCUGUUUAACUAAUAUGAAAAGACAUUUACAAAAGGACCAUAGUGAUAUAUAUGAUGACAAAAGGGCUAAAAUAGAAAGCAGUGAAGUAAGCAAAAACGAUAAAAGAAUUAAAUUUACCGUUGAAAUGUCCGUGAAUGAAGUUGUUAAUUCAUGCAUCACUUUGUUAACUAAACAAUCAGUGCCCUUGUCACAUUUUGAUAGUGAGCCAUUUAAUACAUUAACAAACCCAAUAUUUGAUGGUCUACAUAUUCCAAAAAUAAACUCAAGAAAUAUUUUACACCAUUUGAAAGAUCAGUGUGAUAACUUAAAAAAUAAUAUAAGAAAUUUAACAAAAAAUAAAAUACUUUGCUUAAAAAUGGAUACAGCUACUCGCCACGAUCGGGCUAUUUUGGGUGUAAAUGUGCAAAUAAUCACAUCCAAUAAACUUGAAAUAUUCACACUAGCCAUGCUUGAAUUGAAACAGAAACAUACUGCGCAAUAUUUAACCACUAAAAUUGAAAAUGUUUUGAAAAGUUUCAAUAUAGAUAAAGCGCAAGUUUAUGCAGUAACCACUGAUAACGGCAGGAAUAUGGUGAAAGCGGUGGAGCUGUUAUCAUUGCAUAGUGAUGACGAAGAAAGUGACAGUGAAAUAGAAGAUAAUUACGAAAGUAUUGUGUGUAAUGUAAGAUUCGAAAAUAUUAUUUCUAUUAAAUGUGCUGCCCACACAUUACAGUUAGCUGUUAAAGACUUUUUAGAUAACUUAAAUACAAAUGUAGUGAAUAAGUCACGGAAUUGUGUAAAAUAUUUGAGAACACCUGCAUAUCGGUAAGUUAUUUCCUUAAACUUCGCAUGUACAAAAUGUGUCCUUGUCAAAUUUUUCAUUCUAUUCCAGACAUAGUAUAAAAAGUAGCCAAACCCACAAACCAAUAUUGGACGUACCAACACGUUGGAGCUCCACUUUUAACAUGUUGAAGCGACUUCUACACUUAAAAGAAUUUUGCUGUGAAAAUUUGCCAUUAUCCGAGCAACUCCAAAGACAUGAGUGGGCGGAACUAGAAAAAAUGAUGCAGGUUCUACAACCAGUAAAUACUCUGACGCUGAAACUACAAAAAUCUAAAUUAUUGUUCGGAGAUUUUUAUAAAAA